AUGUUCAACAGUGCUUACCAGGCUCCCAUGCUGCCACAACAAGGUGGUCCGCAUGCCAUUCCGCAAGGCAUCCCGCAGGCCAUGCCACAGGGACAGGGUGGUCCGCAAGGCACGUCACAGAGCGGACCGUCUGUUCAGGGCAAUAUCGCAAUGCACGCUCUGGAUGAUCCAAACGUCUAUCACUGGAUCUGUCAGCUGACCUACGGUCCCCAAAAGGAACAGGCACUGCUAGAACUGGGUCGUAAGCGCGAACAGUUUGACGAUUUGGCUAUUAUACUUUGGUCGUCGUUCGGUGUAAUGACGUCACUAAUCAACGAGAUCAUUUCUGUUUAUCCCAUGUUGCAGCCUCAACUGUUGUCAAACCAACUUUCCAAUAGAGUGUGCAACGCAUUGGUUCUCCUGCAAUGUGUCGCGUCUCAUUCAGAAACAAAGCACCUGUUUCUCCAAGCUCAUAUUCCAUUAUUUCUGUUUCCAUUUUUAAAUACGACCUCACGACAGAGAACUUUUGAAUAUCUCAGACUGACUUCUUUAGGUGUGAUUGGUGCGCUGGUCAAGAACGAUUCGCAGGAGGUGAUAAAUUUCCUGUUGAGAACAGAUAUCAUUCCUUUAUGUUUGAGGAUUAUGCAAUCUUCCUCAGAGCUGUCCAAAACUGUCGCAAUCUUUAUUCUUCAAAAGAUUGUACUCGAUGACAUUGGUCUCCAAUACAUUUGCGCCACCAUGGAGCGCUUCUAUGCCGUGACGAAUGUUCUCAAAGAUAUGAUCGACCAGUUGACUCUUCAUACGCCCCCAGGCAGGUUGCUCAAACAUAUUAUAAGAUGUUACCUGAGAUUGAGUGAUAAUUUAGAAGCAAGAGGACUUUUGAAAAUUGCCUUACCUCCAAAGCUGAGAGACAAUACUUUUACUGAAGUACUGAGAGAUGAUGUAGGCUCGAAGAGAUGCUUAGCUCAACUAUUACUAACUUUGAACGAGGAUUCUACCACUGCACCAAUAAAUCCGUCAUUACACCGUAUUCAAGUCCCUCCAGGUACAAAUAAUAACAAUAAUAGUAAUAGCAACAUUAUCAACAACAACGGCACCUCAUCAACAGUCAUUUAA